GCUUUUAAACCGCUUCGUCUCCUACGCUUUUUAUUGCAGGAAAUGGCGCAACGUGGAACCAAGAAAUCCCCCAAAAUCAAACAAAACAGUCGCACACAUACACAGAAAUAGAAAACAAUCAAGCAUCCUCCCUCUUCUCUUCCUCGAUCCAUCUGUGUUCAUACCAAACCAUUGCAAAUGUAUCGAUCGGCAGCGAAGCGGUUGCUUCCCUAUUCAUAUUUCUCUGUUAAACACUGCUUACAAACCUCUCGACUGCCAAUCACAACGCCUCGUCUUCGUUUUCGUUUUCUCUCGUCGACGACAUCCGACUCCCCUUUCCCGAAUGGCUUUAACACCAACACCAACACCACCACCUCAUCUUCGUCCACCCAAACAGAUGAAUUUCACAACCCUUCUGAUAGUGGUGCCUCUAGAAGAACACCACCUAGGGCUAAUUACGAAGAGGAACAAGCACGAGUCCUCGCAGCAUCUCUUCUUCACGUGGCUAGGUUAGGAUGGACUGAAGCAGCCAUGAUUGCAGGUGCUAGGGAUGUUGGUGUUUCCCCUUCCAUUGUUGGAGCUUUUUCACAAAAAGAAGGUGCCCUAGUUGAGUAUUUCAUGGACGAAUGCUUGAAAAAGCUUAUUGAUGCAAUCGACUCUGGUGAGUUACAAUUACAAGAUUUGGUACCAAGUGAACGCAUUGCAAAGCUGGUUAGAUAUCGCUUAGAAUUGCAAGCUCCAUACAUAUCAAAAUGGCCUCAAGCUCUAAGCAUUCAAGCACAACCAUCAAACUUCACAACAAGCUUUAAACAACGAGCAAUGCUAGUUGAUGAGUUUUGGCAUGCUGUAAGUGAUGAAGGAAAUGGUGUGGAUUGGUACCUAAAACGCACUGUUCUUGGUGGAAUUUACUCAACAACUGAAAUAUACAUGCUAACUGAUAAUUCCCCAGAUUUUAAUGAUACAUGGGUAUUCUUAAAUGAGAGAGUUAGAGAUGCAUUUGAUCUAAAGAAGACAUUUCAAGAGUUUUUCAGGUGAAAUAUUUUGCAGAAGCAGUGGGGGCAGGGGUGGGAGGGUCAUUUCAAGGGUUUAUGAAGAAAGGUUGUUAAGGAUUGAGAAUUUGAUGUUUGAAGGUUCUUUUUUAACUAUUGCUUAUCAUUUAUGUGACCCUAAAAAAUAAAGUUAUAUGCUUUCUUUGUGAGUUGUUAGAUUGUAAAUGGGGCAAUUGCAAAUAAUUACCCUACAAUUUCAAAUACCAUUUUAUAGUCGCUUCACAUAGAUUUACAUAAAAAGUCAUUUUUAUAGCCA